CCCCCAAUCCCUCUCACGUACUGCAUCGCUAGUCAUCAGACAGACUGUAGAUGUCCCGUCCCGUCCCGUCUGCAGCAGUCUGCCUCAGCACCUUGCCUGCCCGACAUGCCCUUGGAUAUUACCGGCCCUCCUCUUGCGAGAAACUACUGUAGAAAUAUAGAAACCACUAAACACUAACAGAGGACAUCGCAGUAGGACGGAGCGCACCUGGAUUCUUGACACUUUUACACUGCGUCUGAUCUAAAGGAUUUUUAGUCGGUCUAUACUUUUUUGUUGUUGUACCGACUUUUCCCAAAUCAACUUGUAUGGAUGUAUCAUGGCUACGUUCGCAUGCAGGGUGCAGUUCUUAGAUGAUACUGAUCCAUUUAAUAGCACAAAUUUUCCUGAGCCGACCAGACCCCCACAUUUCACAUUCAGAGAAGAUAUUCCGCUCAUCAAUCAGAUCGCUGGAGUUCACAGACUUCUGAAAGCCCCACAUAAGCUCGAUGACUGUGCUCUAGAGUUGUCUCAUAAUGGCAGUUAUCUGGACUUGGAGUCCACCUUGGCUGAGCAGAGAGAUGAACUUGAAGGCUUUCAGGAGGAUGGAGGGAGAGGAAAAAAGCACAGUAUUAUCCUGAGAACACAGCUGUCUGUCAGAGUCCAUGCCUGCAUAGAAAAGCUCUACAAUUCGACCGGACGUGAGCUGCGAAGAGCGCUGUUCUCUCUCAAGCAAAUCUUUCAGGAUGAUAAAGAUCUGGUGCAUGAGUUUGUGAUGGCUGAAGGACUCACAUGUCUUAUUAAAGUGGGAGCUGAGGCUGACCAAAACUACCAGAACUACAUCCUCAGAGCUCUUGGACAAAUCAUGCUUUAUGUGGAUGGAAUGAAUGGGCUUAUUGGACACACUGAAACUGUACAGUGGCUUUACACACUGGUCGGAUCAAAGUUCCGGUUGGUUGUUAAAACUGCUCUGAAGCUGCUGCUGGUUUUUGUGGAAUACACCGAGACCAACGCACCUCUCCUCAUCCAGGCCGUCAACACCGUAGACACCAAGCAAGGCUGUAAGCCCUGGUCUAAUGCCAUGGAAAUCUUGGAUGAAAAAGAUGGAAUGGACACUGAGCUAUUGGUUUAUGCCAUGACCCUUAUCAACAAGACAUUAGCUGGUCUUCCUGACCAGGACACGUUCUAUGAUGUGGUUGACAGUCUGGAGGAGCAGGGCAUGGAGGCCGUGGCCCAGAGACACAUCAACAGGAAGGGCACAGAUUUGGACCUAGUGGAACAGUUCAACAUCUAUGAGUCAACCCUACGUCAUGAAGACGGCGAUGAUGAGACUCAGCCUCCUCCAUCCGGACACAUAAGUCGGCGUCGGGCCAGCGUAGGAGCCACACCUGAGAGGCGGGGUUUGGAACGUCGCCGCAGCCGAAGACAUUCACUCCAAAACGGGAAAGGCCACACCUCUGCUCCUUCUUCCCCCUGUCACAGCCACACGCCCAACAUCCUGCCCCUCAGUGGCCAGAGAAUAGACGAUAUCAGCGAAAGAGAGGAGGAAGAGGAGGAAAAGGAUGAGGAGAUUCAGAAAACAGAGCUUUCUAGACAGGCAUCCGAAAGCUGGAUGCCAUCAACAGUAGAUGAAGCUUCUAGCUUGUGUUUGCCUUUAAAGUGCAUGGUCAACUUCAUUCCUAAUGCCGCUGAUACAGACAAUGAGGAAAACCUCCGGGACAGGUCUGAGAUCAAGGUUAUCCGCAAGGCCCCAGUGUCCUCCCCUCCUUUUACCCCAGAUUUUGGCCCCCCGAUAUCACCCAGACUGUCUUCUUGGGCAUCGGUCAGGUCCUUGGGGGCCCUCCCGUCCCGGGGUUCCUCUGUCACCUCCUCAACCUCCACCUCCCCAAGCGAAGACCCCCUGUCCCCUGUCCUUCCUCUGCUCUCUUCCACACUUCUUCCUACUUGCCCAGUGGAUUUGGACGAGGUGUCUGUGGGCACUCCGCAGGCUCGAGACCCAGACAAGCACUGCAGUCUGUCAGAUGUUAGAUACUCAAACACCUCAUGCAGUUCAUGUGGCAGCAAUGGCUACGCAGGGACAUAUCCCGGCAGGUCAUCCGGGGUGUCCAGUGCCCCCUCCACACCAUGCAACCGCUUCGGCCCCUCAGGAGGUCCACCUGCAGACAGUAAGCCCGACAGGCCUACUCUAGGUGGAUUGUUAACCUCCUCCUACAGGCAACAUCAGGAGUCUCUGAAUGCUGAACGUGAGCGGAGGCGCCUGGAGAGAGAGGAGAGACUUCAGCGCAUUGAAAGAGAAGAGAGAAACCGUUUCAAUCGGGAUUACGUGGACAAGAGAGAAGAGGUCAAACAAGCUCGAGAAGAAAGAUAUAAGCAAUUGGAGCGGCUGGCAGCAGAGGAAAAUGAAAGGGAACGGCCAAGGACGACACGGGGGCGAACAGAAAUCACCCUCAGCCUGACUUCACGAACCUCCAGCAGCUCCUUGUCUCGUUCUGCCACCCCUUUGACUGUAGAGGCUCAAGAGGAUAAACGUUCUGUCCCACAUCCAGCACGAGGAACUGAGUCUGAAACAAGCCAUCCCGUGCAGGCAGCAGUUGCGUGGCCUUCCUCAGAGCCUCCCUCGGCCUCAGUGUAUGCGCUGGUCUCGCCCUCCAAACCAGAGGAACAGAGACCUGUGGAACCAUCAGACAUCACGCUCUCUCUGUCUCCAACAAACUCUGAGCCGGAGAGACCUGAGACAGAGGAGAAAGCAGAGGAAGCUGAAGCCGAAGAGUGUGAAGAACUGGUAGUGAGUGGAAUGAAAGAUGAAAAGAAAGAAGAAGCAGAGGGAAACUUUGAGGAAGAGACUAAUGAAAUGGGUACAGAAGAGUGUGUGAGAGAGCAGAUAUUAGAGAGGGAUGUAGACGAGAGUGCCGUCCUGAGUGAGAAAGAGAGGCAAAAUGAGGAACUGAAUGAGAAAGAUAACUGCUCUGCCUCCAGCAUCUCCUCAGCCAGCAGCACUCUGGAGAGAGAAGAACGAGAGGAGAAACACAUCAGUGACAGUGACUCAGGCCAGUGGGCAGACUGUAUGAAUACAGCGGAUGUGAACGAUCAGUGCAACAAAGUUCUUAACAGCAAACGCUUCAUGCUGGACAUGCUUUAUGCUCAAAACAAGAAGGCAGAGGAAGAUGAGAAAGAAAAGGAGAGUGAGAAAAAGUGUUCAGGUCAAGAUUCCACUGUGACCAGCCUUGCUUGUCGCAUCUCCACUCUGGAGGCGCAACGGCAAGCUUGUGACGACAACAUGAAGAAACUGGAAGUGGAGCAUCUGGAUAACCAGGGUAGUGUACGGGCUGUGGCUGAGAAAUUUGGAGAUUUGGUGAAAGGACUGGUAUCGCCUCAUGAGGUGGAGCAUUCUGCGAAGGAAAAGCAGCAAGCACAGGGAAAACCUGUGCCGGCUCCUUCACCAACACCCCCUAAAAAGGAGUCAGACCACAUAUGGGACCAGCUGAUGGCCACACCACGGGAGCUACGUAUCAAAGAGCUGGACUUCACGGACUUGGGAGAGGAGGAUGAUGUAGACAUUUUGGAUGUUGGUAAUGUGAUCGGGUCAAGUGACCUCACGCCACCUCCUCCCCCGCCUCCCUGCUUGCCCAGCCUUCCACCCCCGCCACCUUUAUUUGGAUGCCCUCCACCUCCCCCUAUCCCUGGCAUGAUGAUGCCCCCUCCACCGCCUUUUUUGGCUUCAGUUCAUCCCCCACAUCUCGGAUCUCCUCAGCUUGGUCGAGGAGAGCCCCCACUUUUCCAGAAGAAGAAGAAGACCAUCCGGCUGUUUUGGAAUGAGGUCAGACCUAUAGACUGGCAGUACAGCAACCACAAGAGAUGCAGGGAGUCACUGUGGUCCAAACUUGAUCCGGUCAAACUGGACACAGCUAAAUUGGAAAACCUCUUUGAGACGAAAUCCAAGGAGCUCCCAGUUACAAAGAAAACUGCAGCAGAUGGGAAGCGUCAGGAGAUCAUCGUUCUGGAUUCCAAAAGAAGUAAUGCCAUCAACAUUGGUCUGACGGUCCUGCCGCCUCCUCGCACCAUCAAAACAGCCAUCCUCAACUUUGACGAGUACGCCUUGAGCAAAGAGGGCAUAGAGAAAAUCCUGACAAUGAUUCCUACGGAGGAGGAGACGCAGAAGAUUCAGGAGGCCCAGCUGGCGAACCCUGACACUCCGCUGGGCAGCGCAGAGCAGUUCCUCCUCAUUCUGUCCUCCAUCAGUGAGCUGUCCGCCCGCUUGCAGCUUUGGGCCUUUAAGAUGGACUAUGACGCUUUAGAGAAGGAAGUAGCAGAGCCACUACAGGACCUGAAGGAGGGCAUGGACCAAUUAGAAAAGAAUAAGACACUGCGCUGCAUCCUUUCAACUCUGCUAGCUAUUGGCAACUUUCUCAAUGGGACCAAUGCUAAAGGCUUUGAGCUGAGUUACCUAGAGAAAGUUCCUGAGGUGAAGGACACCGUUCACAAACAAUCUCUACUGCAUCACGUCUGCUCCAUUGUCGUGGAGAAGUUUCCAGAGAGUUCAGACCUCUACUCUGAGAUUGGAGCCAUCACUCGCUCUGCUAAGGUUGACUUCGACCAGCUGCAGGAAAACCUAUGUCAGAUGGAGCGCCGCUGCAAAGCAUCCUGGGACCACCUGAAGGUCAUCGCUAAACACGAAAUGAAACCAGCCCUUAAGCAGCGCAUGUCAGACUUCCUUAAAGACUGUGCAGAGAGAAUUAUCAUCCUUAAAAUUGUGCAUAGCCGCAUCAUAAACAGGACAUAUUAUAUCAGCACCAUUAAGUUCCGUUGUAUCUUCUCCAAAAUAAAUAUUUCUGCUAAUAACACCAUUGAUACAACAGAUGACACAACCAGUGAUGAGGAAGAGGAUGAUGAGAGUGGGAAGUUUGCAGGAACUCCUCUGGAGGGUCAGGAGAGUCAGCCGCAGGGUUUGGGCUACACGGAGGACGCAGCUGAACAUGAGCAGAUGACUGCAGUACUUCGCACCAGCCUGCAGGGCGGCGACAGUCCGUCCUCUGUACUCCCCGGCCUCCGCACACGGACUCGAGCGACUCGAGGCCAUACAGCACUUUUGUCUGCUGCAAAUGAAGACACUUCUAAUUGCACAAAUGAUACAGCGGAUGAGAUCAUGGAACGCAUUGUGAAAUCAGCCACUCAGGGCCCCAGUCAGCGCACACAGCCCCGCGAGAGGAGACGCUCCAGAGCCAACCGCAAAUCCUUAAGAAGAACACUGAAGAACGGCCUUACGCCAGAGGAGGCACAGGCGCUGGGAUUGGCCAGCAGCUCUGAGAUGCAAGUGUGAGACAGCAUCCGCUCAGGGGACACACAUCUAAACACAAAUGUGCUGGAACAGGUCACUUUAGUUCCGAGUUUGCGUUCAUCUGGAGCAGGUGCAUGUUUCUGGGUUUGUGUUUUAUGACGGUUAUUACUGUGGACUAUUUGUAUUCUCACAGGUGAAAGGGAUUAUAAUCACUAACCCAUUAUACUUUACUUAUCCUGGGAUGUGUAGUCAGACCUUACUCCAUUUACUAGUUUAUGCAUUUUGUCCCAAGGUGGUCCGAGAGUGUCAUUGAAACCACUCAGGUGCAUGUUCACUGUUCCUGCGGACUAUUAAUGAUAUCCCAAACAUCCAUUUUAAUGCAUUUUUAAAAGAGAACAAGCACAGUUGCAGUGCAACUUCCUGAUGCACAUCAUUUAUAGACGCUCACACACAGCCUGCAGAAUAUUGAUUGUCCAGUUCUCCAGUAUAGAGACUAAUGUCUGUCUCUAACCGCUGCGGCCUUCAGAAUGAUCCCAAAGAACUGUGUUUGAAGAUGACUGGAUGCCCUCUCACCAUUUUUGUUAGUACUGGCUGUUUGGUUGAAUUCAGGUGAUAGUAGCACCUUCAGCAUUCAUAUCUCAUGUAAAUCAGCAGUGUACCUUGAUGGUACACUGAUGUACCUUGAUGUUCUUCUCUGGUUCACUGCUGUGGUAAAACGUGUUUGUUUUACCUGCUUUUAAAAAAAGCAGGGCUUCUUAUGUUGCAUGUCCAAUUACUUUCAGAUAGCUUGAAGCUGAGCAAGAGUUAAGGUUCUUUAAUUUCUGCUGAAGUCUCCUUGUGUGAUCGAAACCCGCUUAACAUUGUUUAACAGAUGAUCAAAUUACUUUGCACACAAAUGCAAACUAACUAGAAAGUCGUCUUUCUCCUUCCCCUCCAGCUCUGUCAUUUCCUCAUACGUUAUCUCUAUAAUAAUACAUUCAUUGCAUAACUUGCAGCAUGCACAUGAGUGCCUUGAAGAAAUGUUUUUUUUUGUAAGAAUUUGAUUAUUUGGUCAGGAAAGGAAGGCAGAGGGAAAGAUUUUAGGGCAUUUUAAAGGAUUUAUAGUUGACCCAAAAAUUUACAAUUCUGUUAUUAUAUUAUUAUUCUAAACUAACCUGGAUAUAAAUUGGAUAUUUUGAUCAAGUUGUGAGUUAACAUUCUAGUGAUCAGUGAAUAAAAACUUGUUCUGUUUGUCACUGUUAUUAUGACUUCAAAUUAUAGCCCACAAGUCAUAUGCACUACUUGUUUUGUUGCUUUUUCUUAACAAUAGGUCAAAGUCCAUGUAUGUAAGGAAAAGAGCUGCAUAACGAUUUAUACAGACCCACACCAGUCAUAUUGGUUUGGAGAGUAAAUUAGCGAAUGUUACGAAGGUGUAGUGAUUAAACAGUCAAUGCAACCUUUUCAUUUUUUUUUUCAUGGCGAUAAAUUUGAUCAAUCAGCUUUUUUGGGGGGGGGGGGGGAGAUUUGACAGAUUUACCAGAGACACGUCCACUGUCAAUAAUAGUAGUACCAUUCAGCACCUUAUCAUGUGUAGCAUGCAAUUUCGAAAGGAAUUGGAAAAAUGUUUCACCUUUUUCCCCUCAGAUUUUUACUCUGAGUAUUAUGUGGAUAAGAGAUUAGAUACGUGUAAAGUAGAACCUUGAUGUAGAGGCUAAACAUGAGACAGAUGCUGUACAAUUGUGUAAAUGUCACUUCAACGUUUUUAUUUUUUGUUGUGUUCAUGUUUUGUUUGUAUUUUGUAUAGAAUAGUGUAUUAUAGGUCAAAAGCAGUGUUAUUCUGUGAAAAUUCUAAUUUAAGAGAAAAUAAGCCAUGCAUGGUUCAAACAAUAACAAUGUCAGCAGGCAAUGUCUUUAUUUUGUGGCUAAAUGGCUAGAGCCUGUGACAUCUCGAUACCCUGUGAACGUAGAUUUUGUUUCGUGUGUUUACGCAGCACAGACCUGAAACACUGUCAUGCAUCCAUCAGCCCUGCUCAAAUGGCCUUUGAUAUUAUUGCACUCGCAUACAGAGUUUCACCCAUUGCUUCAAGUGCCAUAAAACGUUGGUUUUGAAUAAAAGAUCGAGAAUGUGAAAAUUUGACUUCUAAAUUCCAAAAGGAAAAGCAUUUACUGUACUUUGCAAUAAAAAGCUUUUACAGCAAC